AUGCAUGACACUGAAGGUCGUGACAUCACUGAUGACAACACAACACAACACACUCUGUGUGACAGUGACAGGUCAUUGACCCCGGGAAUGCCAGAAGCAACCGUUCUGUUCCAGGCAGCCGACAGGUUUGAGUCUGCAGCUAAAGUGUUUCUGUUGGAAACUCUACGACUAGCUAAGGCGUUGCGACCACGAGCUCGCUGGGGCUACUACGGCUUUCCAUUCUGCUUCAACAACAAACAGACAAUCACAGGGACGAUGCCCUGCUCCCAUGAGGUCAUUCCAGAGAACAACAGGAUACAUUGGUUGUUUGAGGAAAGCUCUGCUCUUUACCCUUCAACUUAUCUCCGAACCGAUGAUAUGUCAGAAAACUCCAACUACCAUUAUAUCACUAGCAGGGUCAAUGAAGCUAUCAGGAUGUCCAAAGUAUCACCAAAGAAAAACCCGGUCUAUGUCUACAUCUGGUCAAAAUAUCAGGACGCCAAUAGGUUCAUUUCAAAGGAGGACCUGUACAACUCAGUCGCCCUCCCCCGUCAACUAGGGGCGGACGGAGUGAUAGUGUGGGGUGCCACCAAAGACGUCAACACAGCUCACAAGUGUUCCGCUAUGCUCGACUACUUACAAACACAUCUGGGACCAACAGUAAAACAUCUUCAACAGACAUCCUCCGCUCAACAGCCAAACAUUCUUCAAAUAUUUGGAAAAUAAAAGACAACAAAAAUA